AGCCUCGUACAAAUCUGUUGCGACCGAUACUUUCGAAUGCUUAUAGGCCUAGAAUCCCUUAUUGCAAAAGAGUGGAUUGCCCUUGGCCAUCCGUUUGCCCAACGUCUUCUUGGAAUCCCGAACGGAAGCGAUGAGACAAUGAUUGCACCGACAUUCCUCUUAUUCCUUGACUGCCUCGCCCAGCUCAUUCGUCUCUACCCUAUGCAGUAUGUUGAAAGUCCGUUAGGACACAAGUUCGCCUACUCUCAACAUGCGUUGAUUGCAUUGUGGGACUUAUCAUUGACUGGAAUGGUUCCUGCGUUCGCAGCUUCAUCUGUAGCGGAUCAGCUUGGAAUGCAAAGAUGUGGCGGCCCAUUCCCGUUGGAACGGUUUUUUCAAGAAAAAUACGUGCAACUAUUCGUGAAUGUCACGAAUAUGGCUGCAAUAGCUGUGCAGAAUGCGACAGAAACCACGUUACUCGAAGAUGUUAUUCGUCCCCCUAGAUCGAUAGUAAGUGUGCAGCUGUGGAAUGAAUGCUACCUAAGAUGGAUUCCUCCAGCGAACAUUAAGGUAAGAUAUUGUUUGAAUGUGCAAAAGACCUUUCCAUAA